AUGGACCACGACAGCAUUGCUCCGGGUGCGCUCAAGACGCCCGUGUUUACACGCCUGAAGGGCAGGCGCAUUGUGCUGGCAAGUGGAAGCCCACGCCGUACCGAACUUCUAGCGAGCGUUGGCAUCCACCCCGAGGUAGUGCCGUCCAUGUUCGAGGAAGACUUGCCAAAGAGCGACUUUGUAGGAGAGGCCGUGUACGAAUACCCUGUCGCUAAUGCAGGCGAGAAGGCAUUGGAAGUGUAUAAGCGGCUUGUGCUAGAAAAUCCGGCAGACCCGCCCGAGCUGGUGAUCGGUGCAGACACAGUCGUCAUUGCCGACGAGCAGAUUUUGGAAAAGCCGCGGGACAAGAUGGACAACUUGCGUAUGCUUGCAGACUUGUCUGGCAAGCCAUGCACCGUAAUUACGGGCGUUGCCAUAGUCCACCCCGUGCUGUACAACCCUGGGUACAAGUUGCGCACGGUCGUCGAGCAGACGCGUCUCUAUUUCGCCGACAUUCCUGCGCCCUUGCUCCAGGCAUACGUCGACGACGGCGAAGGGAUUGAUUGUGCAGGCGGGUUUGCGAUCCAGGGCAAGGGUGCGCUCCUGGUGCGCGGCAUUGAAGGCGACUAUAACAACGUAGUGGGCUUCCCAUUGUUCAGUGUCCUUACACACCUGCACGAGUUGAUCGAGGAUGAGGAACUGGACUUGGAAGGCAUAGGCGCAUAG